AUGGUUUCAUAUUCUUUGAUUUUUACCUGAUAUUCGAGUAGUGAUGGAAACCUAGGACUGACAUCAUUUGGGCUUUAUUUAUUUUCAAUUUUUCAGAUCCUUAUAGCUUUGGCAAUAACUCUCCACUUCAGGUGCAUGCUCAGUGAACCUGGAGCUACUCCAUUUUAUGAAGUUCCAGGAGAUAUCCCAUUGGAAUUGAUUAAGUAUUGCAAUGAAUGCGAACAAUGGAAACCUCCAAGAACUCAUCAUUGUAGGGCUUGCAAAUUAUGCUUUCAUAAGUAUGAUCAUCAUUGUCCUUGGGUUAAUAAUUGUAUAGCAGUGAACAACCAAAAGUUCUUUAUUCUAUUUUUACUUUAUACUACGGCUGCGUCGAUAUUAACUUUGAUAAUUAUUGGAAUGAGUGUUUAUGAGUAUUUUAAAUGUCAAGAAGAUGUGACAUUUGAUCCUAUAAAACUGAUUUUCACAGCUAUUGUAGGAAUUUUGGCAGCUUUUUUCAUAUUUUUCCUUGGUGGGCUUUUGAUAGAGCACAUAAGUUUGGCUGCGAAAAAUCAAACAACAGUAGAAAGCCAACAAGAUAUGUAUGGAACUCCUUAUUCAUUGCUCAAGUGUUUUAGCUUAGUUUUCGGUAGAAACUAUUGGGCAUGACUUCUACCACUUUCUUCUUCCAUUGAUAUUAAUUAUUUGGAGCCUAUAUAUUCUUAUGAUGAAAGAAAGAGGUUAAUUUCAAAAGAUGAUUAA